AUGUCUACUCAUCCCGCAAUCAUCGCUACCGGCAUCAAGGAGCCGCUGACAACCCAGCGAGUUCCUACUGCCACUCCGCAGCAGCAUGAGAUCCAAGUUCGAGUAGAAUGGGUCCCAUCCGCGCCGCUAGAUGUUUUUAAAGUUGAUGCUGGUUUGAUGGCACAAUUCCCUCUGCGUCUUGGUGACAGUGUUGCCGGAACGGUAGUCGCAGUUAGCCCCAAUGUUCAGCGUCUCAAGCUCGGCGAUAGAGUGUGUGGGUUCGUUUUCCACAACGAAAAUGAAAUGGGACAACAAGUCUAUGUGACCGCGCCCAAUCAUCUCUUUUCAAAGGUGCCAGAUGGCAUGUCUCUUGCGGCUGCAGCCACACUUCCCACCAAUUUCUGCACGGCUUUCCUUUCCCUGUCAGAAAACCUGAAGAUAGACCUGCCGUGGCCUCUCCCUGAGAAUUUUGUGCCUCGAGGCGAGCAAAUUCCAAUUUUAAUCUGGGGAGCCGGUAGUUCAGUUGGUCACUUUGCAGUUCAAAUUCUCAAGCAUUGGGGAUACAAGAAUGUCAUUGUUACGGCAUCCCUCAAGCAUGAGAAAAAGCUUAAAGGUUAUGGCGCAGCGCAUGUUUUUGAUUAUCGCAGCACUGGGGUCGUGGACUCUGUUCUUGAGAUUUUGAGCUCGGACAAAUCCCCUGAGGCGAUUCGCGUCUUUGAUUGCGUGGACUCCAAAUUCGGCUCCUUGCUUCCAAUUUCAAAAAUCGCGACUCGAGCAGGCUCCAAGGUCGCAGCUGUUCUGCCUGUUGUGAUUAAUAACUCCUCGGACGCGAAUGGAUUGCAGCUGUCUCCUGAUGUUUCCACGGGGGCAGAUUGGUCAAAGGAUGUGGAAAUCCAUAGCAUUGUCAGCUACGGCUAUGAAGCGAAUGCCUUCCUGAAGGAAAAUCUCUUCCCGGAGAUCUUGCCCACUCUACUUUCUCAAGGCACAAUUGAACCAAACGACCAGCGAGUUGUUCAAGGGACACGCUUCUAG